CUGGCCAAUCAGAGCGCGGCUUGCUGGCGGUGGGCUGCGCCAACAUGGCGGCUUUCUGAGUUUACGAAGAAAAACUAAGGGUGUAAAUAAACAGAGCGCAGUGUUUGGCCGCUGUUUAUUAAGUUUUGCCCGUGCGGUGUGGAUGAGCUGUCGGACAGCGGGGUGAAGAUGUCGAGUGACGGCGGGAAAAAGCAGUUCUGGAAGAGAAACACAGCGAAAGUGCCUGGCAGUAUACAACAUGUUUAUGGAGCCCAGCAUCCUCCAUUUGACCCGCUUCUGCAUGCUAAUUUGAUCAAAGCUGGGAACAAGCCCCCCUCGACGAGCACGCCAGGCAAGCCCAAGAAAGCCACCACCUUCCAGGAGUUCGAGAGCAUCACCAGCGAUGCCUGGGACGUCGGAGACGACGACGACGAGCUCCUAGCCAUGGCCGCCCAGAACCUGAACAUCGAGGUGGUGAUGGAGACGGCCAACAAGGUGAUCGAGAACCACAGCAAGCUCCAGGAGCGACGACAGCUGCAGCAGGACGAGGUGUUCGAGCCUGAGGAGAAAGAGGAAGAGGAGGGGGGGCACGAGGAGGAGGAAGAGGAGCAGGAGGAAGAGGAGGAGGCGGCCGGGACGACAGCAGAGCUUUCCUUCAGCUCGGAGCGCCUCCCCCACAGCGACAGCAGGCUGGUGAAGUCCCACAGUGAAGCACCCAUUGGAUCUCCAAAGGAGUUGGUUGGAGAACGUUCAGCACUACACAGGCAACAGUCGCUCCCUCACCGGCCGGUCAUCCCGCUGGUGGCCCGCAUGGCGGAUCAGAACACGUCCGGCACUCCAGCCAUGACGGAGAGAGAGGCGUCCAGACUGGACAAGUUCAGACAGCUGCUGGCCGGACCCAACACUGAUCUGGAGGAGCUGAGGAAAUUGAGCUGGUCUGGAAUCCCACGGCAAGUGCGCCCAAUCACGUGGAAGCUUCUUUCAGGCUACCUGCCUGCCAACGCAGAGCGCAGAGCCAGCACGUUGCAGAGAAAGAGGCAGGAGUACUUCGGCUUCAUAGAGCAAUACUACGACUCCCGCAAUGACGAGCAUCACCAGGACACCUACAGACAGAUUCAAAUAGAUAUUCCGCGGAUGAGUCCGGAGCAUUUAGUGCUCCAGCCCAAAGUGACCGAGAUUCACAUUGACAUACCGAGAACUAAUCCUCUUAUUCCUCUCUUUCAACAAGCUUCUGUGCAAGAGAUCUUUGAGCGAAUUCUCUUCAUCUGGGCCAUACGGCAUCCCGCCAGCGGCUACGUGCAGGGCAUCAACGACCUUGUCACUCCCUUCUUCGUUGUUUAUGUCUUCGAGUAUAUUGAGGAAGAGGUGGAAAAUUUCGAUGUUUCCAGCCUGCAGGAGGAGGUGCUGCGGAACAUUGAGGCUGACAGCUUCUGGUGCAUGAGCAAGCUGCUGGACGGCAUUCAGGAUAACUACACCUUCGCCCAGCCGGGGAUCCAGCGGAAAGUCAAGGCCCUGGAGGAGCUGGUCAGCCGCAUCGACGAGACGGUGCAUCGACACAUGCAGCAGUAUGAGGUGGAGUACCUGCAGUUCGCCUUCCGCUGGAUGAACAACCUGCUGAUGAGGGAGCUUCCUUUACGCUGCACCAUCCGACUAUGGGACACCUACCAGGCCGAGCCCGAAGGCUUCUCUCACUUCCACCUGUACGUGUGUGCUGCCUUCCUGGUGCGCUGGAGGAAGGAGAUUUUGGAGGAGAAAGACUUCCAGGGCCUGAUGAUCCUCCUGCAGAACCUACCCACCAUGCACUGGGGCAACGAGGAGGUGAGCGUGCUGUUGGCUGAGGCCUACAGGCUGAAGUUCGCCUUUGCAGACGCGCCCAACCACUACAAGAGAUGAGACUGGAUGAGGGACCCCCCCCCCCUGUCACUGCACUGCUACUGAAGUGAGCCCUGCCCAGUCCAGACAAGCCCCGCCCCUCUCUUAAUGCCCACCCAAAAAUGGCUCCCAGCGGCCCUCUAUGAUGUAGAGUUUUAAACGGUGUGUGUUUAUGGGAUUCCUACCGUGUAUAGCUCUAUCUCUCUCUCAUUCUCGGCGCAUUCUCGGCUAGCGUUCCUCAAGUUUCCUCUAGUUUCUUGGGUUUUUUACUAAACGUGAACACUCCACACAUCUCCAGACGUCUCCAGACAUCAUCUCCAGACAUCAUCUGUUCAUCAAGUCCAACAAAACAGCAAAAAAAAAAAGAAAGACAAGAAAAGGCCAAAAAAAAAAAAGACUUUGACUUCUCUCCAACCUCCUAAUGUACUGACUCACACCUCGCCUCACCCCAUCAUUCUUCUGCUUCUGUGCUAUUUCUACCCCGAUUCUAAAAACGUACGCCACCUAGAAGGUCCCCGAGCAGAGGAGGUGUUUCGUGUAGGCUGAGCUGAUACGAUUUUAGCAGUUCAUUAUGAAGCAAAAGAAAAAACGAAAAAAAAUAUAUAAAUAAAUAAAAAAGCGCUGAGCCUCCAGACAUGAACCUGGUUCCUGGUUUAGGAGGUAGAACUAACUAACACUGUGUGUGGGGGGGAAAUGGAAAUGGGGGAAAGUGGGAAAGAGGAAAUGAGCUGAAUGCUGACAGGAGUCUAUACAAUAUAUAAUAAUGGCACAAUUCUUCUUUUUAUAUCGAGCGAGAAAGCUUGAAAGUGUUGAAACUGAAGGCUCUCCUCUGAGAAAGCACUAAAGCAGCCGCCGCGGUCGCCGGUCAGGAGUCUUCUGCUCCGUUCUGGGCAAUAAUUAGUCGUUACUCGAGACAGGAAGACGGAAUAGAAGAAUAAAGACAGAUAUAGACACUUAUUCCCUCAAAGAAUACUCCCUGCAAGUAGAGUCAAAAUCAAAAAAACACUUUAUUUAAACCUAGGUCUACCUCAGGGGCCUGUCUGCAGAACUGGCGAUGAGAUGGUGGAAUGCAUUACUCGGGUGAUUUAUCUAUCUGCCUCCAUGUUUUAGAACAAUAGCCAUGAUGUUCAUUUCCUGAACAUUUAUUUCUUUUUUGUUGUUGUUUUUUUAUCUAUUUUUUUUUUUUUUUUUUUAAUAUAUUAAUCAACAUUUGCCUUAAUUUGGCUGCUUUAGAGCCUGAUUAGGAACAGGCAGCCAUUGGCUGUUGGAGGUGGCUGGAGUGUACAAUGGCUGCUUUCCACUGCAGGGCCACAUGGUUACCAGGGACCCAUUGGAUGGGUUAUGGUUUCUUUUUCUAUUUCUAUGUGUUUCUUAAUCAGAACCAGAAUGUACACAGCAUGUGAAAUAGAGAGUUGUGAACUUUCACAAUAGUGAUCAGCUCUGUCUAAUAUCUUGUCCAUGAUUGCUACUGCGGAGUUAGUCCACUGCUUGUACAGCUUUGCUACUGUGGAGUUAGCAUGCUGGCUACCAGCCAUGUCCAUCAUCUGUACUGCAUCCAUAGCAAUAGCACGCUGGAUUAUUGGCUCAUCCCAUAGUGGUAUUGGAUUGUUAGCACGCUGGCUACCAGCCUUAUCCCACCUCAGCUAACCUUGCUACUGAAGUGUUAACAUGCUGGCUACUGGCCUUGUCCAACAUCUGUACUGCAGCAGUAGCAUUAGCACGCUGGCUAACUGUCUCAUCCCACAGUGCUAUUGCAUUGUUAACACCAGCCUCAUCCCACCUUACUACUGAAGUGUAAACAUGCUGUAAACUAGCCUUGUCCAACAUCUGUACUGCAGCAAUAGCAUUAGCACGCUGACUAACUGCCUAAUCCCACAGUGGUAUUGCAUUGUUAGCAUGCUGGCUACCAACCUCAUCCCACCUCACUACUGAGGUGUUAACAUGCUGGCUUCCGGCCUUGUCCAACAUCUGUGCUGCAGCAAUAGCACGCUGGCUUACUGCCUCAUCCCACAGUGGUAUUGCAUUGUUAGCAUGCUGGCUACCAACCUCAUCCCACCUCACUACUGAGGUGUUAACAUGCUGGCUUCCGGCCUUGUCCAACAUCUGUACUGCAGCAAUAGCAUUAGCACGCUGACUAACUGCCUAAUCCCACAGUGGUAUUGCAUUGUUAGCAUGCUGGCUACCAACCUCAUCCCACCUCACUACUGAGGUGUUAACAUGCUGGCUUCCGGCCUUGUCCAACAUCUGUGCUGCAGCAAUAGCAUGCUGGCUUACUGCCUCAUCCCACAGUGGUAUUGCAUUGUUAGCACGCUGGCUACCAGCCUCAUCCCACCUCACUACUGAAGUGUUAACACGCUGUCUACCAGCCUCAUCCCACCUCACUACUAAAGUGUUAACAUGCUGGCUACUGGCCAUGUCCAACAUCUGUACUGCAGCAUUAGCACACUGGCUAACUGCCAUAUCCCACAGUGGUGUUGCAUUGUUACCAUGCUGGUUACCAGCCUCAUCCCACCUCUGUACUGAAGUGUUAACACGCUGGCUACCAGCCUCAUCCCACCUUACUACUAAAGUGUUAACAUGCUGGCUACCGGUCUUGUCCAACAUCUGUACUGCAGCAAUAGCAUUAGCACGCUGGCUAACUGCCUCAUCCCACAGUGGUAUUGCACUGUUAGCACGCUGGCUCUGACCCUUUUUUUAAGCGUUCUUUGCCGAACCAUGUUCACCAUGUUAACCAAUGUGUUCAGAACCAUUCAGCCCUGCAUUAGGAAAGCAGCCAUACAUAUACAGUGAUACAUUGAAACAGUGAAAGCUGCUCCAACAAAUUCGCCUUUUUUCUCAGUUGUAUUAUUGAAUAUUUUGGUCAUUUUGUUGUCCAUUUUGGCCUAACGAUCCAUGCACCUUGCAUGACGGCAUCAUCACAAUUAAGCGUUUACUGGGUUAAAGGUAGCCUUUUCUCCACAGCGCAGUUCUCAACGUAAUCGCAUUAUUCAACCUUUUGAUCAUGUCGUCAGGCUUUUAAAUUUCAGUGCCAGAUCUUAAAAACAAAAAAUUUAAGAGUAAAAUGUGUGAAAAGAAGUGAAUAGAAACACUGCUCUCAAAAGUCUGUUUUCCUCUUUUUUUGUAUUAAAUGUAUUCCUUAAAAUCAGCUUGUUUUAAUAUCCUGCUCAUUUCAGUUUUCUUUCUAUUUUUCUGAUUUUUUUUAAUAAACAUGGUUUACAUGAGCCUAUUAAGUUGUGCCUAACUUCUUCAGACAUUAAUAGAGAAUUUUUCAUCCCAGAUAUUUAUUUUUUUCUUUCUUUAUCGAUGAUUAAAAAAGUGAAUCUGAAAAAAAAAUAAAAAAGCAGAUCAUUUUCAGCUGAAAUAUGGAGAAGACUAAGACUCUGCUUCAGUCAUAUAUAACCAUGCUGACACAUGCAGAAACACACACUGUCCGAAGCCUCUGACCUUUCAUAUGCUAUGUGAUUCUCUCUCUCUCUCUCUCUCUCUCUCUCUCUCUCUCUCUCUCUCUCUCUAUCUCUCUAUUUCUCUCUUGAUUUUCUUUCUUUUUAAUUUUUUUUUCCUCCAAUGUUUGAGUGGGCGGUGUGUGAGGGGUAGUCCUGGAUAUCAGAUUAGGAUCAUUUCCUGACUUCUGUGUUGGGGAAAAACGACGGAUUUUAGAAGAGUGUCAGAAGUUUUUUCUGAGAUGUUCUUGAAUUAAAAUAUGUGUACAGAACAAUGACUUUUCAAAGAUCUGUAAAUAGAAAGAAAUGUGUAAAUAAAUGCUAUAUAUGACCAAA